AUGUCAGGCCAUGCAGAGUCUGCCGUGCGGCCAGAACCCGACCAGGUGCUUCAAGAUAUUGCGGAUUACGUCCACAACUACAAGAUCGAGUCGGAUUUGGUCUGGGAAACCGCUAGACUCUGCUUGAUCGAUACGAUUGGAUGCGGGCUGGAAGCGCUCCGAUUCGAGGCUUGUGCGCGACUUCUUGGACCAGUUGUCGAAGGCACCGUCGUUCCAAACGGGACGCGGGUACCUGGUACCAACUACCAGCUAGACCCAAUCCGUGGGGCGUUCAACAUUGGAACCCAGAUACGCUGGUUGGACUUCAACGAUUGCUUCCUCGCCGCGGAAUGGGGUCACCCGUCCGACAAUUUAGGAGCCAUCCUUGCGGUUGCCGACCACCUUGCCCGUAAGGGCGAACCAUUGACUGUCCGCGAUAUCUUGGAGGGCAUGAUUAAGGCACAUGAGAUUCAGGGCGGACUUGCACUCCUGAAUUCAUUCAACCGUGUUGGCCUUGACCACGUUGUCCUCGUCAAAGUUGCGAGCACCGCCGUUGUCUCCAAGCUCCUUGGUUUGAACCGCGCCCAAACUAUCGAUGCCAUUUCCCAGGCAUGGGUGGACGGCCAGUCUUUGCGCACGUACAGACAUGCGCCCAACACCGGUUCGCGCAAGUCUUGGGCAGCUGGAGAUGCCUGUUCCCGGGCCGUCAAUCUCGCCUUACUGGUGAAGAAGGGUGAGAAGGGCCUACCUUCGGUCUUGACGGCGAAGACCUGGGGCUUCUAUGACGUCCUCUUCAAGAGCAAGCCUUUCGAAUUCCAGAUGCCCUACUCAAGCUACAUCAUGGAGAACGUGCUCUUCAAGAUCUCGUAUCCGGCGGAGUUUCACGCUCAGACUGCCGUCGAGGCUGCGCACAUUCUUCACAACAAGCUGAAGGCUAUAGGCAAGACGAGCGACGAUAUCAAGAGCAUCCGCAUCCGCACCCAGGAGGCUGCCAUGCGUAUCAUCAACAAGCGCGGUCCACUUGACAACUUCGCUGACCGAGACCACGACAUCAACUACAUGGUGGCCUACCCCUUGAUCUUUGGUGAACUCACUUCGGAGUCCUACACGGACGCCGCUGCCGCAGAUCCACGUAUCGAUGCUCUCCGCGCAAAGAUUACCUGCGUGGAGGAGAAGCCCUACAGCGUCGACUACCACGACCCGUCGAAGCGGUCGAUCUCGAAUGCAUUGCUCGUUGAGCUCAACGAUGGCACGGUGCUCGACGAGGUCGAGGUCGAGUACCCUGUCGGCCAUAAGCGCCGACGGGCUGAAGGAACUCCGCUGCUGCUCCAGAAGUUCAAGAACCACAUCGCACCGCACUUCGACCAGACUCAACAGUCUAAGAUCCUGGAGGCCGUCAACGACUCCCCUUCCCUCUUCAAGAUGCCUGUUGACAAGUUCACCGAUCUGUUCGUGAAGGCGUAG